AUGGCGUCUAGCGUCGACCAGAAGCGCCUCAAGGCAACAAAGUUUCCACCCGAGUUCGACAAGAAGGUCGACAUUGAGAAAGUCAACAUUGACCUCAUGAAGAAGUGGAUUGCUAACAGGAUCACCACUAUUCUCGGCGACGAAGACGACAUCGUAGUCGAGACCUGUUACAAUUUGAUCGAACAGAACCAAUUUCCCAAGAUCAAGGAAAUCCAAAUCCAACUGACGGGCUUCCUUAACAAGGAUACAGCACCUUUCUGCAAAGAGCUAUGGGACCUCAUGUUGAGUGCGCAAGACAGUCCUAUGGGUGUGCCCCGAGAACUGUUGGAGGCGAAGAAGGCCGAACUGCAGCAGGAGCAGCUUUCAAAGGCCGCAGCUGAUGCUCGACGGGCCGAAGAACAAGCGCAGAAUGCUAUGAUCGACUCUUUCCGACAAAGUGAGCGUCCUGAGCGUUCAGAUAGACCCGAACGCGGCCGUGGUGGAGGAAGAUACCGUGGCAGCGAUCGCAGAGGGCGCGGCAGAGACUUUGACAGAGGAAUUCCACGACGCGAGCACGACUCAAGGUCACCACCGAGACGGAGACCUUCCCCACCUACUCGCGAGCGUGAUGUUUACAUACCUGGAGGGGGACGUGGUCGUGGACGUGGAGGACGUCGCGAUAGAUCCCGCGACCGCCGUCGCUCACCUUCGGGCAGUCGUUCUGCAUCUCCACCACCUCGUCGUACACGUCGCUCACUAUCGUCAGAACCCUCUCGAUCUCCACCACCCAGGCGUCGAACGCGGCGUUCUCCAUCAACUGACCGCUCAAGAUCUCCACCUCGCCGUGUUCGCCGUCGCUCUCCUUCGCGUAGCAAAUCGCCACCUGCAAGACGAAGGAGAGAUAGGUCUCCGAGCGAGAGCAGGAGGCGACCCAAGCAUAAUUCGCGCUCCAGUUCCCCGCCAUUCAGAACCAAAUCGAGCUCACCAGCGCCCAGGCUGCGAUCACGAUCACGAACCCCUCCGCGCCGCCGGCGUCGUUCCCCCUCGAGCUCCAUGUCUGUAAGCCCUGUGCGAGAGCGUCGGCGCAGACGUUCUACUUCAUCCAGAGCUGAUUCCAACGACUCUCGCACCGACAUCAAAAAGCGCAAACGAUCCCUAAGUCCUAGCAGGUCACGAUCUCGCAGCAAAACUGGUAGGGCUAGACGUCGUGUCACUCGCUCACCCACAGGUUCACCGGUUCGCAAAGAAGGGGAAACCCCGAAGUCAUAG